AGUUACUGUCCCUUUCUAAGCUUCCGUCGCCAUGAGAGGAUUCCCAGAAUUCUAUCACUUCUCCUCUUCAACCACAUCCACCGUCACCUACGCCGCCUUCCACGACGAGGAAAACCAGACGCCGGCGGCGGUAAUCAAGCGAAUUCCCAUCCACUCCACCGGUACUCCCUCCGACUACGACGGCGGAACCAUCUUGAUCACUGUCCACCUCCCCAAACCACCACUCACCGACACCAGAUCCGCCGCGGCGGCGGCGAAGAUCCAGGCGGCGUACCGCGCCGGCGCCAUCCGCGCGCUCUACCGCACUAUCUCAACCGUGGACGCGCAGGCAGGGGAGAUCCAGCGGCAGGAGACAAAUAACGAAAAUGACGUUUCGAUAAAAAUCCAAUGGAAAAUGGCGUUUCGAUAAAAAUUGCCCAACAAAUAACGAAAAUGUUAAUUUAAAAUAAAUUGGCCCAAUUUUGUGCUUAAUUGACUUAAUCAUAGGCUCAGAAUAGGAUCAAUAGACUUCAUUAUCGGUGGAUAAUAGCAUUGAGCCGAAUUCGUGAUUUGUAGCCUCUAAAAUCGAAAGAAAAUGACAUUUCGGAAAAAUCGCCCGAAAUCUGUGAUGGUACCCCUUUGGAAUCUGUAAAAAAUGGACCAGGAAGAAAUCCGACCAAAUCGCUGCUUGAUGGACUUAAUCAUCGUUGAAGAAUAUCCUCAGGCCGAAUCUGCCAUUUUUAGCCUUCAAAAUACAAUGGAAAAUGGCCUGUCGAUAAAAAUUGCACAACAAAUAACGAAAAUGUCAAUUUAAAAUAAAUUGGCCCAAUUUGGUGCGUAAUUGACUUAAUCAUCGACUCAAAAUAGGAUCAAUAGACUUCAUAAUCGGUGGAGAAUAGCCUUGGGCCGAAUUCAUGAUCUGUAGCCUUUAAAAUAGAAAGAAAAUGACAUUUCGGAAAAAUCGCCCGAAAUCUGUGAUGGUACCCCUUUGGAAUAUGCAAAAAAUGGACCCGGAAGAAAUCCACCCAAAUCGAUGCUUGAUGGACUUAAUCAUUGUUGAAGAAUAGCCUCAGACCGAAUCCGCCAUUUUAAGCCUUCAAAAUACAAGGAAAAUGACCUUUCAAAAAAAUUGCCCAACAAAUUACGAAAAUAUCAUCCCAAAAUAAAUUGCCCAAUUCGGUGCUUAAUUGACUUAAUCAUCGGCGCAGAAUAGGAUCAAUAGACUUCAUUAUUGGUGGAGAAUAGCCUUGGGCCGAAUUCGUGAUCUGCAGCCUCUAAAAUCGAAAGAAAAUGACAUUUCGGAAAAAUCGCCCGAAAUCUGUGAUGGUACCCCUUUGUAAUCUGCAAAAAAUGGACCCGGAAGAAAUCCGCCCAAAUCGCUGCUAGAUGGACUUAAUCAUCAUUGAAGAAUAGCCUCAGGCCGAAUCCGCCAUUUUUAGCCUUCAAAAUCCAAUGGAAAAUAGCCUUUCGAUAAAAAUUGCCCAACAAAUAACGAAAAUGUCAAUUUAAAAUAAAUUGGCUCAAUACGGUGCUUGAUUGACUUAAUCAUCGUCGCAGAAUAGGAUCAAUAGACUUCAUUAUUGGUGGAAUAUAGCCUUGGGCCAAAUCGUUAUCUGUAGCCUCUAAAAUCGAAAGAAAAUGACAUUUCGGAAAAAUCGCUCGAAAUCUGUGAUUGUACCCCUUUGGAAUCCGCAAAAAAUUGACCCGGAAGAAAUCCGCCCAAAUCGCUGCUUGAUGGACUUAAUCUUCGUUGAAGAAUAGCCUUAGGACGAAUCAGCCAUUUUUAGCCUUCAAAAUCCAAGGAAAAUGGCCUUUCAAAGAAAUUGCCCAACAAAUUACGAAAAAUGUCAAUUUAAAAUAAAUUGGCCCAAUUCGGUGCUCAAUUGACUUAAUCAUCGGCUUAGAAUAGGAUCAAUAGACUUCUUUAUCGGUGGAGAAUAGCCUAGGGCCGAAUUAGUGAUCUGUAGCCUCCAAAAUCGAAAGAAAAUGAUAUUUAGGGAAAAUCGCCCGAAAUCUGUGAUGGUACCCCUUUGGAAUCUGCCAAAAAUUGACCCGGAAGAAAUCCGCCCAAAUCGCUGCUAGAUGGACUUAAUCAUCGUUGAAGAAUAGCCUCAGGCCGAAUCCGCCAUUUUUAGCCUUCAAAUUCCAAUGGAAAAUGGCAUUUUGAUAAAAAUUGCCAAACAAAUAACGAAAAUGUCAAUUU